AUGAAUUACUUGAUCUGGGGUGUCUUUCUGGCUGGCUUGACUCUUUUGAGUCUUAUCGAGGCAUCUUACGAUCUGCCACUCGAAUUCGCUGGGUCUAUCAAACGUCGAUCUGGAGCUGCCACUCUUGUCCACGACAAUGUGGUCUACACAUACGGAGGCGAAAUAUACGAUCACCCUUACUCUAACCUUUUUACCUCUGUCUCAUUGUCGGAUUCUGGAGAUAUCAUUUACCAGAAUGUGUCCCAACAGACACCAGGUCCCAUGUGCACUGUGUCCAACAUCAUUCUUCUGCCUGACAACGAGACCAUCAUACUGUUUAUUGGAAGAUACGUUGAAUACAAGUUCCCGGAUACUUUCCAGAUCUACACCUACAACUUAAAUGAUCCUCUUGCAUCCUGGACAAAGCUUGAACCUCCAACUGGUGCAGUCUGGCCACCUGCACGCAAAGAUUAUUCGGUUACAUUAGCACCGAACAACAAGAUCUACAUAUACGGUGGAGCCGACAUGAAUACAAGUGCAAUUCUUAAUGAAAUGUACUCCUUUGACCCAAACACCAAUCUGUUCACCAAUCUCACUCAACCAGAUUUGAUAUAUGUUAACUCUCACACUGCCAUAGCUCUUCCUAAUGGUACGAUUGUUUAUGCUACCGGAAGAAUCGGUAGACUCGCAACAGAAGGAUUAAUACAAGUACCCCCAGACCAAGUAUUGCUCUACGACACAAAUACCGAUACCUGGGAAACUGUACAUACCGGAGGAGCAAGUUUUCUAGCACGUACAAAUGCUGGUGCCUUAUUAGACCCAACUCAAAGAUAUAUCUUUUUAUUUGGAGGAUUGUACACAGAUGAUGUUUACCAAGAGCUAUUAAACGAUUUUUAUGUACUCGACACUAUGACUUGGACCUGGAUUGAACCAAACAUCACAGGAUUCCCACCGGGUCCUCGUAAUCAAGCUUCAAUGGCAUUUGUAGCUGAUGAUCUGCUGAUGAUAUUCUUUGGUCAGGCAAUGACUAUUUCUAGAAACGACUUCAAUAUACUUCGUUUCAAUACUGACAAUAGUAUAUACAGCUGGCUCAAGGACAGUGACGAGCUUGUGUACCCAAACAGAAAAAAAGACAAAAAAGGCAGUAUACUGUCAACCAGCGCAAUAGUUGGCAUCAGUCUGGCUGGUGUGUGUGUAGUUCUUAUGAUUUUCUGUGCCUUUAAGUUUUGGAGCCAAGUAAAGACUUGGCCUCUUCUUGUGUACAAUGGAAUUAUCUGGAGUCCAAGAUUUGGAGAACCUACUUGGACAGAAGGAUUUCGUCUGUCUUCACGGUGUAUUUCUUUAGGUCUAUUGGCAUUUUAUUUUGCGUAUGCAAUUCGGGAAAUAUCUGAUAGUACCAAAGCUACCGUUGUACUCAAGUCUAGCUCUUCAACUAUACAAUCACCAGAUAUCCGGUUCUGUUUUGACGGAUGGAAUAAUAGCGCCGGUGCCAAGUCAAGUGAUCGUCCACAUCUCCUCUGCUCAACCGAUGAAGGUUACGACUGUGUGGAUUUCGUGACCGGUCUCGACAUGUCUGUUCACCAACCAGCUUUCUCGGAUCGAAUUGGCGAUGUAUCCUGCUUCUUAUUUGCACCCCCAAAGCGAUUCAAUCUUGUCGAGGAUGCUGGUCAACAAGGACUAGGAACAACCUUGAUAUUUGCUUUGUAUGGAGAUCCUGGCGUAAAUGGUGCCAUCCACACUACUAUCUAUCCUCCGGGUAUGGACCCUAAUGUGGGCAUCUAUGGUGUAAAGACAACUGAUGUUGGCCAAAAAAUGUCAGACAAACAGGUGAAUGACUGGAUUGUAGCCGAUCUAGACGACAGAUACGCCAUCAAUGUUCACAGUGUGUAUCCCAAAACAGUCUCCACGUUGAGUUACCAGAUACAAGAUCACCAGUACCUCGUAGACAACAAGUGGAACAAGAUUGGUUUCUUACAAGAUUAUGAUCACAUCCCGGAGAUCAGCACAAUCUAUCGCCCUGGUGUGGUCAGUGAUUCUAUCAAGGCGAGAGGAAAAUACCACGUCAGUACACUCCGGGUGUUUCCAAAUGAAUACGUUACCAUGAUAUCGCAAGAAAAAGCAAUGUCUACUGUCUUGAAUAUGAUCGGUUCUUUGGGUGGUGUAAUCAGUCUUAUGGCAGCUGUUCAGCUAGUGCUCUUUGGUUUCCGUCCAACAUCACCCUGGGGAAUAGUGCAACGAUUUGCGUUUGGGUCUUUCAAGACCUCAAUUGACCGAAGCUUACGAAACGAAUUCAAUUAUCCGUACAAGUCUAUUCCGCUUGUUCACAGAAUUUCAAAUCUCCAUACCAGUCCUUCGUCCGAGACAGUCGUGAGUCUCAAUCGGCAAGAUGUCAAUAGUCAGUUGCUAGAAAACGAUACGGUGCCAGAAACAAACUCUGAAAGACGAUUUCAUCAGAUAGAAGAACGCAUGCAAUUGAUGGAAAAGCUUUUACAGGCAUAUUAUGUCGAUAACGAGAUUUUUAAAGAACUGGACAAAGCAAUCCGGCGGGAUGAACCGAGGGGUAGAUCAAUUGAUGAAAUGAUCCCGGACUAUGAAGCACAAACAGGAACACGAAAUAGGUCACACCAGAGACGUUUGUCCGAAUCCAAGUUGUAG